CAGACAUCUUAACCGCAUCACAUAUAGGUCUUUUACUUCCUGAAACGUGAAGUGCAGUCUGCAAUUUACAGGAGAAACUAUUGAAGUCUGACAAGAUGUCUUGGGACGCUUAUACCGACCAAUUGAAACAACAGGGUUGCGAACAUGCUGCGAUUGUGGGAUUAGACGGCAACCCGUGGACAACACAAAGUCCUAACUUUAUUAUAACCCAAGCGGAAGCUUUAAAAAUAAUUCAAGGUUAUCAGGAUCAAAGUAAUUUUCAGGCAUCUGGAAUAAUCUUAGGUGGUGAGAAAUUUAUGUUUCUUAGACUAGAUGGUCAGUGUAUCGCAGGGAAAAAAGGAAGUAGGCCUAUAGCCAUAAGGAAAAUCAAUACAGCCCUUGUGAUCGGUGUUGGGUCUGAGUCGACUCAGCCAGGAACGCUCAGAACUGCUGUAGAAAAACAAGGAGACUAUUUAUCUUCACUAAAUUACUGAUGCAGGUUGAUUGUUUUGCCAUCCAAGCUGUGACUAAACCUCGGAUGUUUUGCCAGCUAGUUUGUAACAUAAACAGUUCAAAAAAGGAACAAACGAAAAAGACAAAAAGAAAAAAAAAAUCUGAACAAACCAUGGAAGAAGCUUAAAAACUUUGCACAGUGACCAAUCAUGAUUGCUGGAACUUAUUGAGUGGUGUUGAGAGCAAAAAGAAAAAAAAUUAGGGGGGAAACAUGAGGGAUUCCAUUAAGUAAAACUGGGCCACUUUCUGAUCACACAUUGUACAAGGAUGUAUUAUAAUUGUUAUCAUUAUACAUGAAGGAUGACAUGAUUACUGUUUGCAGAAAAAAAAGGUCAAUUCGACUGGUGUUUACGUUGGUAAAGGAUAGUUUACAAAAAAACAUGCCUAAAUAUUUGAAUCAUUUUUAGUGUCCUUUAAGUUCUCAUGAAAAAUUGUUAAAGAAAAACCAACUGAAUAUAUAUUUUGUUUUUCUAUUAUUUUCUUCCCAUUCCUUUGUGAGAUACGCGAUAUUUAGGCAUGGGUUACAUAUUUACCUGUAUAUGUAUAUAUAUAUAUAUAUUCAUAUGUAUAACAUCUCUGCAUGAUUACAGUUCAGUUGCAAUCCCAUUCUCUUUAACAGAAACUAUGCAUUAAUCACAAUUCUUAUUAUGGCCACCAAGCUUUGCUUUUUGCUUGUAAGAUGAACUCCUGUUUUUAAACAGCCUUAAAUCUAAAUUUAACGUAAUGUGGAGAUUCUAAGGCCUUUUGAAUCUUAAAAGUAUUUUAAAGCGUUAACUUUUCCUCAAGGAACAGCCGAUCAGCAUUGUUGCAGGAUAUCCUUUGCCUUAGCAAUUUUUUUCCACAAGAGUCCCAGUGCCAGGGGUGCCUC